UGUUGAUAUCAAUAUGGCGGUUGUCAGCCAGACAAAGACAGUCAGUCUGAUGUGAUAGAGACAAGGGAGGUUUUCAGGGGGAGACUGGGAGAUAGGGGCCUCCCCUCCCCCUUCUCCUCUUCCUGCGCCGGCCUCAACCCCUCCCCAGUCCCCUCCCGACUGGCGCCCCACGCGGAAGACACCCCUCCCCCUCCCGCUUUCCCCUCCUCCCUGCCUCAGCCCUUCGUACUGGGACGUUGGGGAGGGGGCUGUGCCGGGCGGAGAGAACUCAGCAAGGAUUCUGAGAAUGGUUAAUAACGCUGAUCAUCUCUAGGAAGGAUAUUGAUUCACCUCAUGUAAAGUAUGCUCAGUUCCUUUCCAGUGGUUUUGCUGGAAACCAUGUCUCACUAUACAGAUGAACCCAGAUUUACCAUAGAGCAGAUAGAUCUGCUUCAGCGCCUUCGGCGUACUGGAAUGACUAAACAUGAAAUUCUCCACGCCUUGGAAACUUUGGACCGUCUUGAUCAAGAGCAUAGUGACAAGUUUGGAAGAAGGUCCAGCUAUGGAGGAAGUUCUUAUGGAAAUAGUACCAACAAUGUUCCAGCAUCUUCCUCUACAGCUACAGCUUCCACACAGACCCAGCAUUCUGGAAUGUCCCCAUCUCCUAGCAACAGUUAUGAUACCUCCCCACAGCCUUGCACUACUAAUCAAAAUGGGAGGGAGAAUAAUGAGCGAUUAUCCACGUCCAAUGGAAAGAUGUCACCCACUCGCUACCAUGCAAACAGCAUGGGUCAGAGGUCUUACAGUUUUGAAGCCUCAGAAGAGGACCUAGAUGUAGAUGAUAAAGUGGAGGAAUUAAUGAGGAGGGACAGCAGUGUGAUAAAAGAGGAAAUCAAAGCCUUUCUUGCCAAUCGGAGGAUUUCCCAAGCAGUUGUUGCACAGGUAACAGGUAUCAGUCAGAGCCGGAUCUCUCACUGGCUGUUGCAGCAGGGAUCAGACCUGAGUGAACAGAAGAAAAGAGCAUUUUACCGAUGGUAUCAACUUGAGAAGACAAACCCUGGGGCUACACUAAGUAUGAGACCAGCCCCCAUUCCAAUAGAGGACCCAGAGUGGAGACAAACACCUCCCCCAGUCUCUGCCACAUCUGGCACCUUCCGACUACGGCGAGGGAGUCGAUUUACCUGGAGAAAGGAGUGCCUGGCUGUCAUGGAAAGUUACUUCAAUGAGAAUCAAUACCCAGAUGAAGCUAAGAGAGAAGAAAUUGCCAAUGCUUGCAAUGCAGUUAUACAGAAGCCAGGCAAAAAACUGUCUGAUCUGGAACGAGUUACCUCCCUGAAAGUAUAUAAUUGGUUUGCUAACAGACGGAAGGAGAUCAAGAGGAGAGCCAAUAUUGAAGCAGCAAUCCUGGAGAGUCAUGGGAUAGAUGUACAGAGUCCAGGAGGCCAUUCCAACAGUGAUGAUGUUGACGGAAAUGACUACUCAGAGCAGGAUACUUGGCAAGUACGCAAUGGGGAGGAGGAGGAGGGAAGAAGUUCAGAGGGAGGCAGAGAAGCAGAGAAGGAUGACAGCACUAGCCAUAGUGACCACCAAGACCCCAUCUCAUUAGCUGUGGAAAUGGCAGCAGUCAACCACACUAUCUUGGCAUUGGCCCGACAAGGAGCCAACGAAAUCAAGACAGAGGCCCUGGAUGACGACUGAUCAGGGAGGGUUGAACAGGAGAAGUUAACUUAGUUUAGACGUAGCACCUUAGCAGACUUUCCUCGGUCCUUAACAUGUGUUCUUACAGUAUAACUUGCAGUUUCUUGUAUGUCAGUUAGCCGUUAGGGUCUUGUUCUGUGAAGAUGGCAUGGUGCCCUCAGCCUUUGCAUAUACUCUCUCAGUAUUAAUUCCCAGUAAAUAAUAACCAACCAACCAACCAAACUCCCUCUCCCAGCCCCCGAGGCUAGAAAAUCUUGCUGCUCUGUCUUAGCAUUCCAAGAAAGUGCUUCCAGGUAUUUAGAUAGCCCUCAGUUCUCCAAUAUUAGGCUACAUGUAAAACCUUGGGUACCUUUAGAUUCCUGUAACACUAGUCUGUACCCUUUUCCUUCCCCAAGACUGAUAGGAUGCAAGCUGAGGUAGUGUGGCCCAGGAUUGACAGACACCAUUUGGGGAGUAUCCACAGAGUAAAAGGAACACUAGAAUUCCCACUCAGCGUGGGAAUCAUUGAUUUCCAGCUGCAAUAAGCCGUGCCUCAUAAUAGUCACACUGUGGCUAGAUUAUACUUCUUUGGGUGCUGUGCUAAGAAUGUCCAUGGAAAAACUUGAUCUCAGAUUUUGGUUGACGUUUAACAUGCCUGACACAGACAUCCUUUCCUCUCACAAGCUGUGUGACUUAGUAGAUAAAAUACUGCCUUCUGCCUUUGGGACCAUGAUUCAAACAAACAAAAAGACAAAAAACAAAAGUCAUUAAAAAAAAAAAAAAACCCAGCUUGAGAGCAUUGGAAAAAAACAUGAGCUGAAUGUCUAAUGGAUGUUAAGUCCAGUUCUCAGAACCACUGUACGUUGCGUGGCACAGGUAUGUGCCUGCCGGGAAAAGUGCUGGAGGCAUCAUGGAAGCUGCUCUGCCUCCUGUUUGUGUUCCUUUUCCCUGCUACCAAAAAGUCUUUCAAGGAUGGAGCUAAGGUCACAAAUGAGUGAAUGAACUUCCAGUCUUUGUAUCCAUUAACUGAAGCCCCCUCAAUAUGAGAGGUUGAUAGAGGACUUUAGCGUGGGAUUAUGCUGGCUGACUAUCACAAAUGCAAAUACUUUCCUAAAUAGGAGCAGAAAAAAGCAGGGGACAAUUGCCACUUAUGUGGUGGGUCUUCGAGAUACAACGUGAUGUGACUGCUUUGGUGUUCUCUUUACUCUGUCCUUGUAGAGGUGUGAAAAGCUAUAUUGCUACAGGCAAUUUAUUUAAUAAUUGGAAGCCAUAUUGAUAAUGGAUGUGGUAAUAUUUGUAAAGUUUAAUCUACUUUAAGCGGCAGUAACUAAUGGAAUUUUUUUCCUUGAUCACAUAUGUAGCACUUUUGUUACUUUUUAAAGAUAUUUAUAUUUGAUAAAUCUUUUUUUCAUUUUGAGAACUCAAAAUACCAAACAGUGAACUUGCGUUAUAAAGUCACCCUGUGAUCACCUUGUCAUCUAGUAGCAAAAUGAUGAACUAUUCAUGCAUCAAAGAAAAUUACAUCUGCUGGCCUUGUAUGAAAAUGAUCUCUUGGCAUCCAGAUUAAAUGACACACUGUCACUGUGGGGAAGAGGAAACCGCCUUCGAUGUAGCAGCGUAGGGUGCGUCUGAAGGAGGCAUGACUGCUGUAUAUUUUCUGCCUCAUUCCAUCUCCUUUCUACGCAUGGUGGAGCCUUGUUUAAAGGGGGAUGUGGGGCUGGCUAUUAAACAGGGCUUCUGUCUUUUCGUCCAUUACCUAAGAACGAUUUCUAAGGUGGAAGGAAGGUGCCGUUUCCUUACCUCUUCACCCCUCAUCCCCCACCAAAUGUAUUCAGCCUAAAACCAUUGAGAGAGAGACUGACCUUCUUUGUUUUUCCCUUCCUUGUUAGGGAGAUAUUAAAUAUCCACCAGUUUUUAGCUGGUCUGACUCCACUUAAGGCACAUGCUGACGAGGUCUUCUCCGUAUCCGUUCAUCCUGCUUAGGCCAGUGUGUGGAAGCCUUCAAGAGGGCAUGAAGAUGCCACCUUAUAUGGGUCUGUGAUUUUAAAGAGCUGUGGGCAGGGACUGGGCCUGCUCUUGUUUGUGGAUUUCAGGCAGAUAAUGUAUAUACUUCCAGCUUCUAAGAACUGAAGUAAAAUGGGGUAGUCUUUUCUGUUUUACUGUAUUACUUGAACCAACAAAUUCAAGAGUAGCAUUUGUAAUUCUCAGGAAUGAUCCCCCUGCUCAUUUUCUUUCUUGGUGUGUUUGACUUUUUAUUUCAGUUAGGAGAUUAUGUUAUCUUUCUUUCCUUUUAUAUUACGUAGAAGAAAUAUAACAUAUUGUAUCUUUCCAUUUCGGUGGAAUUUUGUCUGCUUAAUCUCAGUUGACUCAGAAAGAAAAGAAGAGAGAAAACUAUCCUGUCUGACAAGCCACAUCCAUGAUUUAUUGUAAGGAGAUUAUUAUAAUUGAUAGCUUCUUUAUGAUGGUUGCUAGUAUCAUUUGUUCUUGCUGGUCUUUUUAAAGAAACAGACUCAAACUGUUAAGACAGCUGCAGUUUCUAAAGAAAUACAGUGAUUGCCAGAGAAGAGCUAAAAGGUUUCAUUGUUUUAAGGCCUUAAGAAAGGAAAAAGCUUCAGAGAAUAAAGGAGAGUCAGUAUCUAUGAAAGCAGUACUGGGCCCUAUCUGGCAACCUGGAAAAGGUGAAAGAACAUGUCUACCAGUGCAGGAUAGCCUAUAUUGGGUUCAGUAGGAACAGGAGGAAGGAAUCUUUCAUCCAGAAUUCUUCUUUUAAUUGAAGAAGACUGCUGGCCUGCUCCUAAGACGACCCGCUGCCUUACAUAUAACUUUUGCUUUUUUACCAAGAGCAAAAUGUAGUUCUUUGGGGCCUAGAUUUAAAUCUACCAUUGCUGGUUUGUUUUUUGUUUUGUUGGAGUUUGUUUGUAUUUUUUUUUUUUUUUUUGUCACCAGGUUGAAUUCUAUCUUGUCCAGGCUACUUUAGUUCUUAUAAUGGCAUAUGGAGUUGCCACUGUCUAAUUUGUAGUAUCUUUGGAUUGUCAAUUUGUUUUCUUAAGCUUUUUCAGGUUUGAUGGUAUUUAAAUAGAAACCCUAAACUGCUCUCUUACUGAAGGGAAAAGAGCCAGGCUCUAAAAAAAAUCACGUUCUGUGCUUUUUGGUUGUUAUGUCCCUCCUCUCUUACUCCAUACUGUACUUCCCUCAGGCCCCAGAGGAUUGUUUCAGGACUGCUUUUCCCUAGUGAGGAAGACUGAGGGUGGGGAUGGGGUACCUUGUCAGCAGUUCUUGUAACUUUUCUGUUAUUUUUUUUUUUAAAGACACUUGGAUUGAAUUCCUGUAGUCAAAUGGGUAAACUUCCUACUCCUCUUACAACACAGCCUUACAAAGGGACCUUCAAAAGAUGGACCAUCCUAGUGAGAUCUCUGCCUUGCUGUUGAUAACCCUAAUGUCGGAUGAAGGGCAGGGAAGGCAGCACAGUAUACUCUUAGCUGAGACCUUCUGGUGCCAGGCAGUACCAGCCAGACAUUUUGGUUUAUUUCAGGUUUAUUUCAGCAAAGCGUGUAAUUUUGAGUACCCCUUAGGGCAAUUUUCUUCACAGUCUCAGUCCUUUAAAGUGGUUGAUAAGUGUGGUCACCUUCCACCUACCUAGGGAGUCUGUCCAGUUCCUGCAAACUGUCCUUGGGUGGGACAGCCCCGCCCCCCACAUUCUCCUAUUAUUCCUUCACAGGAAGAAAGUUCCUGGAACAGGAAGACCCCUUUAAGAUACCUUUCACUCUAGCUCAGUAGAGGUGACCACCUAAAAAGAUGUGAGUGAGGAAGCAGCUCAUCACUACUGAAGUGUGCAAAUCCAAUACCCCAGUCCCUGGUAGAUUUAGGAUGGCAGGCAGUCUGGUAACCAGCAGCCACUGCUGGGGCCAGAUAUCCACAUAUAUUUUUUACCUCAAAGGGGACAACUCAUGAAGAACUCAUUCAUACACUUGUUUCAGUUCUCCCUGUUUGGCCUUUGUCUUUACAAACUUCCCUCCUGGAUUCCAACCAUCAGGCACCAGGUGUAAAUAGACUCAUUCCAUCAGGAAUCUCCAGUCACUUCGUCUCCCUCUGUGAACAGCUCCUCUUCCAUUUGCCUCUGGUCUCCAGUACUAAGGCCUCAUCUUGAGCUGACAUCUUUGCUGGGAUUUUUAUCUUCCACGGUAGGCAGAGUAGGUGGGUGUGGGCCAUCUCUUCACACAAACACUCCUCCCUGUCUUGCAGGCCAUCUUUUUGACCAGCCACAUAUUCCACUGACCAGCUGUAUUAUUUCUGCCCAUAACAGUGGAAAUAAUCCCUUCUUCAUACACGAUCCUCCCACCCCUGUCCUAAAAAUGUGAACUUCCAAGUCCUUACUCUCUUGGUCUUAAGAAGGGUUUGGGUAGAAGCAGUCUUCCCAUUUAACUUGUGGCUCUGCCUUUUAAAAUUGCUUUUUGUCUUUUCUUGUACAGAGAACAACCAGAGUAUUUUAUCCCCAAUGAGUCUCAACAGAUUCUUAGGCAAUAAUUUUUCUUGUUAUUGAUGAUCUUGUGCUCAGUAGCACUCUACACUGAAUAGUCCUGACCCUUCACAUUGUGCAUUGGUUUUCUGUGUUAAUCUCUGUCCGUGAUUUAAAUCUUAGGUCAGAGUGGUGAUAGAUUUUGUCAUUUUGUUGUUGUGAUUAUUAGUAAUGUUUUACUACUGUAUUCAUUGGGGCUGCAUUGAGACCAGCCAAAUCCAUUUAUAGCUUUACUGAGCCAGAUUUGUUUGUCAAGAUUUCCCAAGUGAAAGUUGGGCGCACUGACCAGCUCUGCUGGUGGCGUCUGUGUGGGGCAUAGGGGUGGGGUGGGGGAUGCACUGGGGCAGGGGUGGGAAUUACACAUUUGAAACAUUCCUUUUUGUGUGCUCUCUAAAUAGCAAGGAUGUUUACUCAGGAUUCUGGGAUCAGUUGUCAGCCAUAUUGCAUUUGGCUAACUGAGCUGCAUGCCCUGAAAACCUUCUUCCUGUUUCUUAAUUUCCGGACUGUCUAAUUUACAUUACUUCGUGACACCUAAGUUUUCCAGUUUGAAGGUAUUGCACCAUAAUGAGAACACGAGGUUUUCCCAGGGAGGCAACUGUGAGUGGUCAGGUAAUCCUAUAAGGAUUUCCCUGACUGUAGCCUGUUGUUAAGGCACAGGCCCUCUCUUUUCUGGCACCCCCGUCUCCUUCAUUAUAUGCUCUUCUUUUCAAAAGAUGACUAUCACUUAAGAGGAAAGAUUUCUUUACCAAUCUCAGGAGAACUCUACCCUACUGAGGUGGUGGGAAAGGCUUUUUAAAUACAUCAAGCCUAUAAGUCCCUUUUCUGAUUACAGAAUCUCCUAUCACAAACAGGUUAUGUUCAGAAAAGCUGUUCUUAAUUCUCUUUAUUUAUAAGCUAAAAGUGAUAAGCUACUGCUUUUGCCAUCUUAAAGGACCCAUCGAUGGUUGACUCACUUACUCUGAAGUGCAACUUUGUUCCUACCCGUGGAUGUUCAAAAGCUGGAAGUUCAUAAACUGUGAGGUUUCUGCAUCAGCUUCAUUAUUCUUUCUUGGUGGAUAUGAGAAGCGGCAGCAAAGAGAAAGCUAAUGAUCUGAGAAAUCCGGUUUCCUAUAACGUUGGUUUUCCUUUGUAAUUAAGAGGGGAAUAGAUAUGGUGGAGAAGAGAGGGAAACUCUGGCUGCACCAAAAGAUCUUACACCAUGUUCUUACCAUCACCCAAGGACCUUGAGGAUGUAGUAGAUGCCAUGGGUAACAAAUGUGCAGAUCACUGGAUUUCUUCUUUAGCAUGCUUCACAUGACACUUCGGGCCAAGCAGUGAGCAGUACUAAAUCAAGUCAAUUCCAUUCAAGUGAAGUCUAACUAGCAUUUUACACCACUGACUGCUAACCACCCACAUUCCACGCCCGUUAGCUCAUUAGCCAGCACAGCGCCCCAACAGCAAACAAGGAUGCAUCUGCAGGAGACUUUGCCUUGCUCUCCUGACGUCGUUUUUACUUGGCAAGUUUGGGGAUUGAUGUGGACAGCAGUACUGUGCCCUCCCGUGGGUGUCUGAGGCCCAUAGUGCAGUGCAUGGGGCAGCUGUCGAGAGUGUGUGGUCCAUGAGGGCUGCCGGACGCUGACCUGAGUAGGGCAUGUGCUCACAGCUCAGCUCCCAGUUCAGACAUCUCAGGGUGCCGCUCCCUUAACUCCAUUUGCAUUUUCUCUUUUAAUGAAAGUGGCUCUGUACAUCCAUAAUUAACUCUCAAAUUCACAUUGGUGUGCUGUGAUCAAAUGAAGGUUUGCCUGAAUCCUUUCAAAUUGUAACCAUGGUAAUUGAGGGGGGUGGCACAGAAUGAAUAUAUAAAAAUAUAAUGACAAUUGUUCUGAAUGACUGAGUGUCCUCCUGACAUGUAAUUAGCUGUUUUAGCAAGAUGUAGAUUGGCAUGGUCAUAAUUAAAAGGAUUUCUGUCCUUUAUGUGAUUGGAAAUGGCAGAGCUCCCAUUCCCUGUUCCCUUUUAGCACUAAUGCUCCCAAGAACAUUUGGAACAGCAACUCAGUAAACUAAAAUAAUGACAUGGUGUUCAUGUCCUCUCCUCAAUGAAAGAGAAGGAUUUGGAGUUAUUUCGGCUUCAAAAUGGAAGCCUUUGCUAUUGCUCCCCAUUUGACUUUUAUGGAAACCUCUGUCUCACAUCCAGUUUCAACCUGCUCCACCUUUGGCAGAAACUACGGUCAGAAUCCCAAGCUGAGUCAACCCCUGAAAGGCCUCCACCACUGUCUGACUUGCUAGCCAGCUAGCGUAUUGUGCACCUAACUUGAGGACAUUGACUGCUUAACAAGCUCCCGGGGGUUUUAAUUCUUACCCUGGUUACUUGGUAUUUCCAUUGUCAUCACCAUCAGAAAGUAUCAAGUGGGAAUUUACACAUUUUCCUCAUUGGAUCAUACGAUGUCCGGCUGACAUGACACAAACACAAACACAUAUGGGCUGUAAACAAUUCUGGGGCAUAAUUGGAGUACUGAUAUUCGCAAUGUCCUGAGGUUACUGGAUACACGUGCAUUCCCCCACACCGCUCUUAACACGGCAACCACCAGUUUCCUUGUAUCGGCAGCCUUUUCUUAGCCAGAGUUUUCCCCGUUCUGCUGAGUUGGUGGGAUUGUCGCCCUCGCCCUUCCAGGUCCACGUUCUCUUUCUCCCCCUUCCACUAUUCUUCCUUUCUCUUCAUCCACCUCGUCCCACCCACUGAGCGUUGGGUGGUCUGGACGCCUUGCGCAGUCUCCUGCCCAGGAUGUCUGCUCUUCUCCCCGCCGAGGCCUCCCACUGGACCGGAGCUGCUGUGUCUUGAUCUAGCCUUUCUCUAGAACAUGCUUUUGGUUUUUUCCCAUCACUUGCAGAAGUCUUCAUUCACUUAUAUCAAGAGUGCUUGGUAUAGACUUACGCAAAUAGCAGCACCCAGCAUAGUGCCAAGUGGCCCCUCCGGCUGCUUCAUUCCCGUGUGGCUCCCAGCUGUGCUCAUGAGCCUGGCCCAUGAGCCCUUUCUUCCUUCAGUGCUGAUACCCCAGGAUUGGUUAGUAACCACUGAGAGAACACGGCUCUUGCUUUUGUUCAUAUUUUGCUGCUCACCCUCCUACAGACCUUUACCCCUGUCCAUGCAUCAGAGGGGGCCCUAACCAAAUGCUAAACUUCAGUCGGAUGAAAAUGCUGACGUAGGCUGCGUCUCUAUGACCGUUCUCUCCCCGCUGUACACACACACACACACACACACACACACACACACACACACACACACACACACACACACACACACACACAGAUUUGGGAAAAGGUUCUGCCUUGGGUCCUUUAUUCUUGUUCCCCUCAAAAAUACCUCCAAAUAUAUAGCAGUUGGGCUAAAUCAGGAAAAAUGCCAGUAAAAGUUCUUACUCAGUGCUUCUCUUUCUAUAUGAUCUAAAAGGGACUUUCAGCCCCACCCCUAGCACGCCUGCUCUCACAACACACAUGCUGUCCUUGAGACUUCUCUGUGGGAUCCUGUCAGUCUUCUGACAGUUGGAAUGAUCGUGGAUUUAUGACCCCAAAGAGCAGAAUAUCCCGUCCCUUAUUCUCCCAGCUGCUGGAAGAUAACUGUCUUCAUUACAGUUGAGAAUCUGUCUUAAGAUUUGCAAUUCUGAGAACUGACUAGCUGAGUAUAAUUCUGUGAUUUGUGAGACGUGCAUUAAAACGGCCAGCAGAACAUUCUGAUUAUCUGCCUACAUUCAAAGAAAAUAGAAUUAUCACUGCAGUUAAAACCUUCUAACACAAUCUAUUUUAGGGAUCAAAGUAUUAGAUGUGCUGCUUAAGGAAUGGUGCUACUAAAAAAGAACUGGAGUUGGCAAGACAUCUCCCUCCCCAGGUGUUUCCAGAGUCCACUUCAGUGAUUCAAAACACCCUACACCAUAAAUGCCCGUACCACCAGCAGCCCCCACUAAAAAGAAAAAAGCAAAAAAGAAAGCCAACUCACCAAAAUCCACGAAAACAUAGGUAGUACUUACCCAUGAAAUACAUAUUUUUUGGAAGAAAACGCCAGAAGUUGCUCUUACAAGAAAACAGAGUAAAAAGAAAGCCAACUCACCAAAAUCCAUGAAAACAUGGGUAGUACUUACCCAUGACAUACAUAUUUUUUGGAAGAAAACGCCAGAAGUUGCUCUUACAAGAAAACAGAGUAAAGACGUCAUUCUAAAUCAUGAUGCAACAAGAGACAAACAUUCAGACCUCCUGAAGCAUUCAAAGCCCAUGAUAAUAGCAGCUGACAUUUACUGAGCAUGUACUGUGUGCCAGGCACUGUGCUGAGUGUUCUGUCUCGUUUAUUCUUGAAGAUUCACAGACUGCACACCUUAAUGGAGAAGAGUGAAAUCUCCAUUUGCUCCUUUCGUCUUGGUAGGAUGUUCAUUGGAGAAUGGACCACAGAGUCUGCCUGGCAUUGCUCUGAGUGAAACCACUGCAUUUAACCUGUUUCGUUUCCCCACGCGACCACGCUGGAGAAUUCCCAAUGCUAUCCUCUCUCCAUGCCCUUCAUUCCCUCUGAUACUGAACUAGUGUUACCGUGAUGAUCUAGACACAAGAGCAUCCCUUCCCCUUGGUCUUUCUCCUUGCUUAGUGACAGUGAUAGAAACGUAGUGUGACCUAAGGGAGGCUCUGCAGCUGUGAUGUGAAACCUCUUGUUUCAAGCAUCCUGUCUUCCGAAGGCAAAUAUGAGUUCCUGCCUCUUUGGGGAAAGAAACAGUAGGGCUGUCUCAUCUGUGUUUUGAGGAGAAGUAGAAUUUACUAGCACUUCCAGUUAGUUGAAGCAGAGAAUGUUAAAAAUCUCACACACUUCCUGUUUUCCCUCUGUUUAGCUCUUCGAGCAUCUUCGUAGUAAGAGCAUCUCUUACUUUUAGGCAUCCUGCUUCUGCACAGAAGUGUUUAGCUAAGCCAUUCCAGCUCAUUCUGCUCUCACGUCCAUCACGGUCACGAGAGGCAGUGGGCCUGAGCCAGUAGGAGGUUCUGGGACUCUGGUAUUUGUGUCUGCCCUGCGUGGAGACAGGUGCAGAUUUGGGCUCAGCAUAAGAACUUUCUAAUAACCACAGUCCGGCACAGGGGCAAGCUGCCUCGGGGUUCAGGUGGCAGCUCAGUGACUACUGUCAGGGGCACCAACUCCAAGCUGACCUGAGGACGGGACUGAAAUUCCAUGUUUCUCUCCCCCUCGCUUCUCCAGCUCUUUUCCUCUUGAAAAUAAGUGGUUCUCAGAGGCUGGCUGUCCCUCUCUCUUCUCAUCCACUCUGUCGUGUCCUGGGCAUCCUUGAAGCCCAAGCGAGUGGAAUCCGCCCCGGAGGAAAGCCCCAGUUGGAGUGGCCCCGUGAGCGGAUUCACCAGGUUGACUACUUGGGAUUGGUGGCCCCUGUAAUAGGUACCUUGUUUCAUUAGCUGGCUAAUGGGGUUUUUUGAUUAUCUAUUCCUCCCACCAAAAAAAAAAAAAGAAAACCCACCCUAAUGUGAAGGGAACAAGGUAUGUGUGCCUUCCGUUUAGCUAUUGAUCCAGAUCUGGCAUGACUGGUGGCAGUUGGGUGCCCCUGAAAUUUCGGAAUGGAAACAUUAACUCUGUCCUUGGGAAGCGCACGUGACUCUUAAUGAACCAGUACGCAUAGCAGAGAUGAGUCACAAGAUUUGUGUCGCCUUUAUAACUUUUCCAGCUUCCCAUCACUUCCAGGUCACGCUGAAAUUCAGUCUUGUUUUCUGGCUUCCUUUAAGCCCAGAAACCACUCCCCUUUUGUUGCUUGUCUGGAACUAAGAGCCCAGCAUAAAUUAAUGAGGGUCAUUUUUCCACUUCAUCAUUCGUUGAAGCUAUUAAACUGGAAGCAAAACGACAUUAGUUCUGUAUUAACGUAAACAGCAGCCGCUCUAGUGAUCCUACCCUCAACUCUUGUUUGUAUGCCAGAGUCCUAGGCCAGGUAGGCAGUGCACACAUUAGUAGAGCGGACUGAAUGAAGGUGAGAGCUCAGCCGUGGGCUCCUUUCAAGAGCAUUACUGUUAAUGAUUUGCCUUGAAAACCACAUUUCAGUAUGUUAGAGUCAGUGAGCCCCUUGAUCCUGCAUCUCUGAAAAUGGGCACCACGAAACCAAAACCAAAGUUCUUGGGGGCAAGGGUUGGAGGGUAGGGAGCUUCUCCCUUCAAGCAUCGGCAUCUCUGGCAAGGCUUUUCUAUACUGUUCACUGGUUUUGCCAGAACACUCCUUUCGAAAGGGCCUCUUCUUUCCUAGUAGUUUUUCUCACGCAGACAACAGAAAGCAGGCCCGUGCAGUCCUGUGGCUGUGAGUCUAGAGCAGGCUGUCCCGACUUCCCACACACCUGCUCUCCCCCGUCCAUUCGCCCUGGUCUGCAGAAACAGGAAAGAGAAAAGCCCCUGUUGGGCCCAGCCCUGGUUUCUUCACAUUCACCCAGGCUGCAAGGUGGGACAUUCCUCUCCAGAAGAUACCAAGAACAUCCUAGUUGCCUCCCCUGGAAGAGCCCACAGCCUUCUCUGAUUCCCCUGGGCUCCCCUCCCUCCCUUCCACGGCCAUAGUCACCGUUGGGUAUGCAGUACCUUCCAAGGAUACAUUUCUAGUUACGUUUUUUAAGUGCCUAAGCAAGUUACAGACCUCUGGGACCUGCCAGAGAGUCGGCCUGUGCCCUGCCCCCAUCCCUUCCCCACCCUGCACUUAGCCCCCAGGGGCGGGCGCAGAGAGCUGCCGCUCUCCAGGGUCCCUGGCGUUCUGCAGGCAGAACAACUGCAAGGGCAAGCUCGUGGGCAGGGCGACAUCGUCAUUGCCCCAUCAGGCUGGCUUUGUCACUCUUUCCUGUGCUGCUUUUUAGGGAUGUCUCUGUUGAUGCGGUUCCAGUCUCGGCUCCUCGAGAAUGUUAAGGAGCCUGCUUCGCGAGGUCUGCAGCUACUGAGUGGGGAAGAUAGGGGAGAGCAAGACAGCCGCAGAGCAGAAGUCAGUCUGUCCAUGUCCGCAGCUGGAAAGUGCAUCCAGAUCAAAGAGGGCAAAGAGUCAGAUAAUCAUAGUUAAAAACACAAUGAUUCAUUUGCCAUCAUUAAUCACUGGAACCCUGGCUGCCUCCCCCUGUCCUCUCUUCCGAGAUUUGAGGGGUCAGGGUGUCUGCUCACAGGGGCUCAGAAGGGCCAUCAUCGCGGGGGGUGAAGCAAGAUCAAAAGUGCGUCUUUGAAAAUGAGUGUGAGGUUAUUUGUUUGCUUCUUUUUUAAAGUAAUUGAAGUCUGACCUAAAUUCGGGGCCUUUAUUAAAUGUGGGUGUACGACGGAUUAUUUUGUGACUGCACUCUGUUCACAUCACGGCACUAAGCAGCGCUCAGAUGAUUUGUUGGUGCAUUAGAAAGUUUUUGCAAGAUGGACAAAUCCAUACCCAGGCACUUUAUUUUCAUUAAUAAUCCAGCGUUUUUGUUGAGACAAUGUAAUAACCCAAAUGGUGGGCAUUCACAUUGAACAGGUAUGGGCAGAUUUGCCAGAGGAAUCCUUUGGAUUUGGAUAGACAAGGGAGGCGGGUUAAUGAAAGUGAUCCAGUGGCAGACCGCUGCCGUGGUGGUGACGGUGCUGACGAGAGGGAGGCUGCCCUGGAGCAACCCGGAGUCGGCCGUGUGCUGCUGCUCGGUCCUGCGGAUGCUGGUGUUGACAGCUUCCCCGGGUGCUUGUCAGUUGUCCCAGAGGCGCGUGCGCGGGGACUGCACCAGCGCAGGGGACGGCAGUGCGGUGCAGCACGAGGCGGAGGAGGCCCGCCUGCUUCUCCAUUAACCGGACCCGAACACUCCGGCGGCCGCGCAGUGCUGGGGACUCGUUCCGGUGGCGGAACCACGUGCAGCUCUGUCUGCCUGUCCAUGGCAGGGGUGGGAACGAGCUGGCGCAGCUGGUUAUAUAAUGGAAAGUGAGUUUGACGGUCAUAAUCUGAUCAGAUACCAUGGACCAGAUGCCUUGGGACUGCCUGAAAGUCUUUAGUGUCCACCAAAUACUCGAGUAUCUGCGACGGGCUGUGUGGGGUCCCUGCCAGAUGGGUGUGGGGGCAGAGCGCCCUUUCCCUGCCUUGGCCGUCGUGUGUCUUAGUCUUUGUGUUUCCUUUUGGUGUCUCCUGGUCUCUGUCCCCCAUCUUGUGCACCAUGUGUCCCUGAGGGGAGUCGCACCUGUGUCUGAGUCUGCUGUAAGGUGUUCAGUCUACCUCAAGGGGUCAUCAUGGUCAACUCUGUCCCAUAGCAAUCCUCUGACAUCGCCACACACACUGGAAUGUAUAUCUGCCCCUGGCCCUGCCUUCCCUGUCAGUAACCUCCUGACCCCAUCUUUCCUGUAAUCACCACAAACUCCUAGUGCAAAUUGGAUGCUGCUUUAAAUGUGAAAACAAUUGUUCAAAAGCUAUAAAACCUGAAUGAAAGCUAAAGCUGAAUUUAUAAGCCUUGUUGCAUAUGAGCCAAAAGUGCAAAAAGCUCUAUAUAAUGAACUAACCUGCCACUCGUAUAAAUAUAAAUAUAUAUAAAUAUAUUAAAAUCAGACUGUUCUACAAAAUUGUGUAUUUGUAUUUUUGUGUACGUACAAUUUUCUGCUAAGCAGAAGGAGGAUGUAGUAUAGGAUGCUGUGAGAAGAGAUUUGGUUUAAUCCUAUUUCUUUGUUACUUAUUUUUGUUAACAUCAGAUGCCUGUCUUUGUCUUAUAUGUGUAUGACACUGUUUGGAAAGCUGCAGUAUCUCUCUUCCUUAGGUCCAGAGUCCAUUAGAGAAUGAAAUCUGGGGUUUAGAGAGUUGUCCAGGCCACCAAACAUGCAGAAGUGGACUGAGCUUGGCCCUCUCCUGCCCAGGAGCUGCUCGCGGUCCUGAGGCAGCAGUGAGGCAGGGCACUGGCCUCUGGGAAGCAGAAUCCCACUUCCAGAAAGCAACUUCGAAAACAAAAGAUUGUCAGAUCUCCCUAACAGAAAACUCCACCGGGUCCCUCAGGAGGAGAUGCAGGACCUCUCAGUUCUGGGCCAGAAGUCUGCCCAGAAAGUAGCAGGGGGCUCUGCCUGGCUCUAGUGCCCCGCUCACUGGCCGUCCCUGGGCUCUGUGUCCCUCUGCCUUUUUCAGACCAGGUUACCAAAAUGCCUCCCCUCUGCUGAGCUGCUGGCGCUUCAUCACCCAGACCUGCAGCCCCAGUUCCCUGGAGCAUCUCAGAACCCACUUUCCCGGUGCUAACACACAAGAGGGGGGUAAAGUGGCUGCCAGUAACGGCCAGAAACCAACCAUCUGAGAGGCCAGGCCGGAAGACAAGCUCUGUGCGCCCAGGGCGGUCGCCUUUCCCCGGGGAAGGCGUCCGGCGCCCCGCCCGGGCCCCACCCCCGCCGCCCGCCCACCUCUCAGCCCCACGGCAGUCCCUCUUGGCGUGAACCUUGUCUAGGGAGAGCGAUACUGCACCUUCACCUGUGGGACUCAUAUUUAUAACAAUGUGUAAUGACUGUAGCAAAAAGCCCUUGUUUCUAGAUGUAAAUGGUCAAAGAAACAAGUGCUCUAUUGUAUUGAUUAAAAUAGUUCAAAUGAGUCCUGUAUCAUUGUAUCUCCUAUUCUGGAUUAGUGCCUUUUGGACAGUAGACUGUUCUGUAAUUAAAAUGUAGUAUACUGCUUUUUUGUACAGUUUUGUUUUAAUAAAACUUUUUUUUAAUUUGUGUUUAUUUUAGUAUUGUACCUAUUAGAGAAUAAAACGUAUA